AGGCUGAAAACUGUGCGCUUCUUUGUGGUCCUGAUUGUUCCUCUAACCAUUUCACUGCUACCAGCCUGCAGGGUACCUUGCUGCUUCAUCUAGGCUGGUUUGCCUGCCCUGUGUGUAGCAGUUGGAAAUGAUGGCCAUCAGGAUUGAGAGGGGCUGCCACUCCAGGGUUUCCCUGUUUCUGAGUGCUGGAUAUCGAGCUGCGCUACUAUAACCCCAUAAAUAAUUAAGAGUCUGAAGUCUCAGUCUAGUAACGUGGACAUUAACAGUGAUGAUACAGAUAAAUACAGGAGCCUGGGAAGCCUGUUCUAAGCGAGGCACUUUUACAAAGGUUUCCCAAUGAGUGGAUCAGGAUGACCGUAAUGUAGGGAUUUGCCAUAGUAUGGCUGCUUCUCGAUCUACUCGUGUCACAAGAUCAACAGUGGGGUUAAACGGCUUGGAUGAAACUUUUUGUGGUAGAACUUUAAGGAAUCGUAGUAUUGCUCACCCUGAAGAAGGAUCUCCCCAUUGUCAAGUGCGCUCAAGAUCACCAAAGAAGAGACCAGAGUCUGUGCAAACUCAGAAAGGGGCCAACAGCGCCAGAGCCGCUGACCUGAGACCUCCAGGUGCUCGAGAGCUGUGGGUAAGCCCGAGGAAAAGAGGACUUUCUUCUUCAGAAAAGGAUAAUGCUGAGAGACAUGCUGCAGAAAACUGUGAGAGGCGACCCACGGAAGCGGCUUCCCCCAUCUUCAGGCGACUGAAGCGCAGUCUCCGUUCUGAGGCCCUGAGCAGCUCGGAGGAAGAGUCCCCUACCAAAGCCGACAAGGAGGGCUCACCAGAGCGGCAUCGCUCCUCAGUGGACAAUGGUGCUGAUUCCCAAGGGGCUAAACGCGCUUGUCGAUGCCUUCUACUGGAUGAUUGUGAGAAAAGGGAAAUUAAAAAGGUGAACACCAGCGGGGAAGUGUCCCCGAACCCUCCUGUCGAGGAAGAAAUCGCAGGCUUUCAGGCUUUGAAUGGGGUUGAUGACAGUGACUCUGCUCUUCUCCACUGUGAUGACUGUCAGCUUGACGGGAACCCCAAACAGAACAGUCCUGGUUCCUGUAUGCUGCAGGACCAGUCGGUAGCUGAAAAUGGGGAUUCACAUGCCCAUUCCUCCUGUUCGCUUGAGAGUAGGAAAGAAGAGAGUAUCAUAGACCAUAAUGUGCCUUGCACAAAUUCACAAGUGCAGGUCAAGUUGGAGGACCACAGAAUAGGAGCUGCCUGCCUUUGCCAGGAGCCUGCAAAUGAGCUGACUCCUGAGCCAGCUCCAGUGCCCUUUCCUGAAAUUCAGCGGUCUUUAAGGGAUUCUGAGGAGGAAGUAGAUGUGGUAGGAGAUAGCGCCUCCCGCGAGCAGUCAUGUCAUGAGAACACCAGCAGCGCCGGCGGGGCUAGUCAUGCCAGGGUUCCCCUCUCAGGAGAGCCUGCUCCCGUUUCUGCCCCAGACUGUGUUUCUGCUCCAAUGGCCUCUUUGUCUGAACCCCAAGAGCACCGCUACACAUUGAGAACUUCGCCACGGAGGGCUGCCCCAAGUAAAGGUAGUCCCACAAAAAAUAACUCUCCUUGUAGAGAAAAUGGACAAAUGGAGGAGAACCAUCUUAGUCCAGCAGAAAAGAAUGUCACUCUUAGUGUUAAUGUCAACGGUUCUCCCACAGACUCUGAGGAUGCUCCUCAGACUGGAAAGGGGACGAGCUGUGACCCUGGAUCGCCACCCCCGGAGGCCAGGCUCCCUCCUGGGUAUGUGGCGCCUGCCAAAGAGAGUGCCGCCCUGCGUGCCCCUGAGGAGGACGAGGAGGAGCCUGACGUGUAUUACUUUGAGUCAGAUCAUGUGGCAUUGAAACACAACAAAGAUUAUCAGAGACUGUUACAGACGAUUGCGGUACUCGAGGCUCAACGUACUCAAGCAGUCCAAGACCUCGAAAGUUUAGGCAGACACCAGAGAGAAGCGCUGAAAAAUCCCAUUGGAUUUGUGGAAAAACUCCAGAAGAAGACUGAUAUAGGGCUUCCAUUUCCACAGAGAGUUGUCCAAUUACCAGAGAUUGUGUGGGACCAAUAUACUAACAGCCUUGGAAACUUUGAACGAGAAUUUAAAAACCGCAAACGCAAUACUAGGAGGGUGAAGUUGGUUUUUGAUAAAGUAGGUUUACCUGCCAGACCAAAAAGUCCAUUAGAUCCUAAAAAGGACGGGGAAACCUUUUCCUAUUCUGUGCUGCCUUUAAGUGAUGGUCCAGAAGGUUCCAGCAGCCGGCCCCAGAUGAUAAGAGGCCGCCUGUGCGAUGAAACCAAACCAGAGACGUUUAAUCAGCUCUGGACCGUGGAAGAGCAGAAAAAACUGGAGCAGCUCCUCUUGAAGUACCCUCCUGAGGAGGUUGAGUCCCGACGCUGGCAGAAGAUUGCCGACGAGCUGGGCAACAGGACAGCCAAGCAGGUUGCUAGCCGAGUGCAGAAGUAUUUUAUAAAGUUAACUAAAGCCGGCAUUCCAGUUCCAGGCAGGACACCAAACUUGUACAUGUACUCCAAAAAGUCUUCAACAAGCAGACGACAACACCCCCUUAACAAGCACCUCUUCAAGCCUUCUACAUUCAUGACCUCCCACGAGCCUCCAGUGUACAUGGACGAGGACGACGAUGGGGCCAGUUUCCAUAGCCACACAGACCCUGUGACGGAGGAGGCUUCGGAUGAAGAAAGCAUUCCUGUCCCAUGCCGGGAGUUACCUGAGUACAAGGAGCUGCUGGAGCUGAAGAAGCUGAAAAAGAAGAAGCUACAGCAGAUGCAGGCAGAGGGUGGCUUUGUGCAGCACGCAGGCUUCAAGUGUGAUAACUGUGGCAUGGAGCCCAUUCAGGGCAUUCGGUGGCACUGUCAGGAUUGUCCCCCGGAAAUGUCCCUGGACUUCUGUGACUCUUGUUCAGACUGCCUCCAUGAGACUGACUUCCACAAGGAGGAUCACCAGCUAGAGCCCAUUUACCGGGCAGAGACUUUCUUAGACAGAGACUACUGUGUGUCCCAGGGCACCAGCUACAGUUACCUGGACCCAAACUACUUCCCGGCCAACAGAUGACAUGGGAGAGACCCUGGGCCACACUCCUCCUCCACACAUAGCCAUGGUACCGGCAUUUUCUCGGCUUUCCCUGAAAGGACACUCUGCGAUGUGCGCUUCCCAGGGGUCUCACCACCUGUUGGGCGGGGUUCUCAGCGGGCCGACAACCGGCCACAGGCACGCGCUUCCUGUGCGCAUCUCCCUGUCUCGGGGCCCUGUCGGUGGCCGUCUCCAGGGGCGAGUCCCCAUCAAGGAGAGUCCAUCCCAAAGGCUUCAGAUCAGGUCACAGCGAUGGUAUCGAAGACAAAGUAUUGAUAGAAAGACCGUUUCUAGGCUGCAGCUUUGUUGUGAAGACAGAGUUUCACCAAUGAUGGUAUUUGCUUCUAGGAUCUCUUCUUACCAACAUGUCCCUGCCCCAUCCAGUCGGCGCUGCUUCCUUCACCACAGUGACUGGUCCCUCAAACUGUCCUCCCCUCCCAACAGUGAAGCACUACCAGAGGCCCACACGGCGUCGCCUCCGUGACCGGCUCACGGUCGCGGUGCGUGAGUGUGAUCCGGUCAUCCCUCAGAUCUAUUUUUUAAAUGUCAUGUUCUAUAAGAUUGAUCAUGUGAUGUGUACAAACUAUGGUGAAAGUGCCAGUGGUAGUAACUGUGUCCAGUCUCUAAUACUCCACAUUAACUCCUUGAAAAUGCACAGCCUCUGCCUCUGUGUUUGGAGUUGUCCGUGCAACUCAGCAAAGAAAACUGCCUAAUAGAGAAUCAUCUGUAUGGUAAUAAGUCCCCUCUUUUGUAGUCUGCCCCAGAUCCAUGAAAGAUUGUAUUUUUAUUACUAUUUAAACAAGUGAUUACACUUCGUCUGCGCAGUGAGCGAGGGUUCACAUGCAUCCUUUUAUACUGCUGGAUUUUGUUGUGCAUCAUUUAAGACAUUUUGUAUGUUUCUUCUUAUCUGUGUAUACCGUCUGUUCUUAAAUAAUGUUCAUUUGUCAAGAGAACUGUGAGAAAUAAACUAUGUGGAUACUGUCUGUUUAUAGUA